AUGCCAUCUAAUUAUAAUCCCCUAGAUGAAGAAAAUACAAAUGAACCAUACGAUAAAAAUUUAGCUCUAAUUCCUGAGACAGAAUCCUUUGCUAAAUUUAUUACAAUUGAUAAAUUAGUGGAAGCAGAUAGACCUAUUUCAGAUAUAAAACAAUCACGAGAGGUCUUUUCUUCGACAUUUCAAGCUUAUAAGGGUACGUUAUGGGAAAAGAGUAAAAGUUUUAUAACUUUAACAUGUAUAGCAAUAUUGAUCGGUUGUUUUGCUGGGUUUAUUCAAAUAUUUACAGAGACUUUGGGUAACUGGAAAACUGGUCAUUGUUCUAGAAAUUGGUUACUAAAUAAAUCAUUUUGUUGUACGGACGUAGUACUAGAAGAGGUAUCAAAGAGAAACCCCUUGUUAUUGAAACGUCAGGAGAUGGAAUGUAUCGAACAAGGUAUAUGGAUUGAAAGAACAGGUAUAUUUUUCCCAUUUAUGAUUUUUAUUACUCUGUCGUUAUGUUUUGCUCUAGCAAGUACCCUAUUAGUGAAAUACGUAGCUCCUAUGGCUACUGGCUCUGGGAUAUCGGAGAUUAAAGUCUGGGUGUCAGGGUUCAUAUAUGAAUCUGAAUUUCUAAAUGGUAUAACUCUUUUAGUAAAGAGUGUGUCUUUACCCUUAGCAAUUUCAUCGGGUCUUAGUAUAGGUAAAGAAGGACCAUCUGUUCAUUAUGCUACGUGUUGUGGGUUUAUUGUAACAAGAUGGUUAUUAAAGAAUUCCUUAACUUAUUCUGAUCAAUUCGAGUAUUUGACUGCUGCUAGUGGUGCAGGUGUGGCUGUUGCAUUUGGUGCACCAAUCGGUGGUGUCCUAUUUGGUUUAGAAGAGAUAUCUUCUGCCACUGAUUUUUACCCUUCUACAUUAUGGAAAUCCUAUUAUGUUGCAUUAAUCGCUGUCACAACAUUGAAAUGUAUCGAUCCAUUUAGAAACGGUAAAAUUAUUUUAUUCAAUGUUACAUAUGACAAAAAUUGGAAAGUAAUGGAAUUACCAAUAUUUAUCGUAUUAGGUAUAUUUGGUGGUCUAUAUGGGAAAUAUAUUAGUAGGUGGAAUAUUCGUUAUGUCCAUUUUAGAAAACAAUAUUUGAAAAAUUGGCCCGUACAAGAAGUUAUAGUCUUAGCAUUAGUCACUGCAUUUAUUUCAUAUUUUAAUGAAUUUUUAAAACUUGAUAUGACAGAAAGUAUGGGUGUUUUGUUUCACGAAUGUUCCAAGAAUGAUAAUAGUUCUGUAUUUGCCCAUAGAUUGUGUCAAUUAGAUGAAAAUACACAUUUCUGGGAGUUCGCUAAGGCAUUAAGUUCAUUAUUAUUUGCCACUUUGAUUAGAUCUCUUUUUGUUAUUAUAUCAUAUGGUGCAAAAGUUCCAGCUGGUAUUUUUGUACCAUCUAUGGCAAUUGGAGCCACAUUUGGUCGUGCUGUAAGUUUAAUUGUUGAAAGAUUUAUUACAGGUGCUAACGUGAUUACACCUGGUGCAUAUGCAUUUUUAGGUGCAGCAGCGGCUCUAACUGGUAUCACUAAUUUAACUUUGACAGUUGUGGUUAUUAUGUUGGAAUUGACAGGUGCAUUUAUUUAUAUCAUCCCGACCAUGAUUGUUGUAGCGAUUUCAAGAAUUAUUUUAACAUCAUCGGGAACUAGUGGCGGUAUUGCGGAUCAGAUGAUUUUGGUGAAUGGAUUCCCAUUACUAGAAUAUGAAAGUGAGGAUAAAGAAGACGAUUUUAUGAUAUCUUACACAACAGGGGAAAUUAUGUCUACCGACUUGUAUACCCUAAGUGAAACGAUGUAUUUAUCUGACUUAGAGGUCUUACUAAAUGAUCCAAAUAAAGAAAAAUUGGUAAAUGGUUUUCCUAUCAUCUCUAAUGAUUAUCGAUUAAAAUCCGAGAUGAGAUGUGUUGGUUAUGUACUUAAGAGACAUCUGAUAGCUAAAGUGUUACAGCAUAAUAUUGAUAGUGCCGAAUCGUCGAACACAAUAAUAAAUUUUACAAUCAGUGAAGAAAUGUUGGAAAACGGCAACGAGAUUAGUUUUAAAGAUAUUGUCAAUUUACAACCAACUACAGUGAAACCAAAUGUAAGUACAGCAAUGCUAUUUAAGACGUUUAAACAUAUGGGUUGUAAAGCAAUUAUGGUAGAGGAAGAUGGUUUACUAAAAGGUUUAAUUACAUCGAAAGAUAUUCAAAGGUUCGAAAGAGCAAAAUCCAGAGAGAAAUUCGGACCAACAUAUAUUUAUAAUGAAGAUCUAAAUCGCAGAUUCUGGUCAUUAUUGAACAAAAUCAUCAAUGUAUUUUCUCGAAAUGGUAUCGAACCGACCUUGUAA